AUGGGAGUUAGUAAUUCUUUUAAAGCCACACCGUUUUGCUUUGUUGCAGUCGGUUAUUCGUAUGUGGAUGCUGUUUGGAAUAAGGGAGCCGCUCUUCCGUGUGACAUCGAACCCCACAUCAGAGAGGAUAGAGUGUAUAUGGUAUUAUGGUAUCGAGAUAACGUCGCUAAACCAAUAUACAGGUUCGACGUUAGGGGACGACCCGUUGGCGAUGCCAUUAAGUGGUCUGACCCUACGAUGUUUGGACCAAGGGCCUAUUUCGUUACCGAUCAACGACCUGCAACCCUUAACAUUGACCACGUGCAGUUACAUGACGAGGGAGUCUACAAAUGCAGAGUCGAUUUUCGGACGUCACCCACACGGAACUUUGCUAUAAAUUUAACUGUUAUAGUUCCCCCUAACAAACUGCAAAUGUUCGAUAACUCGGGCAGACGUGAACUGACCAACGGAGUGGUGGGACCAUUAGAGGAAGGUGCAGACCUGGUGCUCACGUGCGAGGUGCGAGGGGGUCGACCUCCACCGACAGUUUCUUGGUUCAUUAACGAUCGCCUUGUCGAGGGUGAGCUGGAGGCUAUUAACCAUUACAUGAUGAACAAGCUCACAGUAAAGCAUCUGACCAGGGAUCAGCUCAACUCCACCUUCAAAUGCCAAGCUAGCAACACUAAGUUAAUGACGCCAGUCGAGAAAACAGUUCGUUUAGAACUAUUACUUAAACCGCAGACGGUGAAGAUUUUAAGUAAACCUGCCGAGAUGAUAUCCGAUCAAGAAUACGUCAUAAAGUGCGAAGUAAGGGGCUCGAGGCCAAAGGCGAAUGUUACAUGGUUGCGGGAUAAGAGAUUGUUUAGGAGAGGAAGCACCGAGGAGAAUAUCACGGAGAACGGUUUCCUUGUGAAUAGUUUUCUCCGGUUCGCCCCUGUACCCGAAGACGAUACAACUGUCCUUAAGUGCAGAGGAGAGAAUCCACAGCUGCUCUCUGGCCAAGAAGACACUUUCAUGCUCAACGUUGUCUAUCCUCCCCAAGUAACCCUCCAUCUAGGAAGUACCCUCAACCCAGAGGACAUCAAAGAAGGUGAUGACGUGUACUUCGAGUGCAACAUCAAGGCUAAUCCAAAGCAGCACAAGAUCACGUGGUACCACGAUGGCACUCUGGUGAGUCAGAACGUUUCGUAUGGAGUGAUAAUCAGCUCGCACAGUCUAGUGCUUCAACGCGUUACCAGGUGGCAAGGAGGAUCCUAUACUUGCCUCGCUGCAAAUCCAAGAGGUGAAACGAUGAGUAAACCUGUUCUACUUAGAGUAAGAUUCGCCCCAGUUUGUACGGAUCCAGAAGUGACUGUAAUAGGAGCAUCUUUGGACGAGGUCCUUAAAGUGAGGUGUCACGUAUCAGCUGACCCGAGCGAUGUGACAUUUAUAUGGCAGUUUAACAACAGUGGCGAGAGCUUCGACGUGAACCCGAUCAGGAUUACCACUACAAGCGGAAACACAAGCGAGCUCAUGUACACACCAACGAACCAAAGGGAUUACGGGACGUUAACGUGCACUGGGAAGAACUCAAUAGGACACCAGUUAGAAGCGUGCGUGUUCCAAGUAGUUCCAGCUUCGAAACCGAGCCCAUUGAGUAAUUGCACCCUAAGGGCGGCCGCUAAUCAGAGUUCGGACGCUUUGGAAGUGGAGUGUCGUGCAGGAUACGACGGCGGUCUUCCCCAGAGGUUCGUCCUGGAAGCAUAUGACUCAUACACGAUGCGGAUGCGAUUGAACAUGAGCAGCUCAAACACAGAAAACCCACUCUUCCGAAUCGAACUCGGGGAGUUGGUGCCUCCCAACGGAGACGGCAUUCCCCCCACGCUCAGAAUAUUGGUCUACGCGCAAAAUGCCAAGGGACGAAGCGAUAAGGUCAUCUUGGAGGACAUUACGUUGAAUGAUGCCGAAAAACGUACAGAUGGAAAUGGUAAUAUAAGUAUAUUACCAUUAGCAGCAUUACUAACAGGAUCUCUUCUUACGUUGGGAAUUGCCAUCUUAUUGAUCGUAGUUCUCGCAAUACGAAGAAGACAUCGUCACUGUCCUGGGGCGCACUGCAAUCACCAAAUAGACGGUGCUAAGCAGCCGAAGAUAACCCCACAAGCGUCAAGACCGAGUUCUAUGUUGGAGAUCAAUACUGGCGAUCACCGUUAUGUUGUAGCUUAUACGUUAAAGCCCGUUUCCGAUUGCUCGACGCCGGUUAACACCGGCGGAGACCGUCAGCCGGACAUUCUCAAUACACCGCGUGGUACCGAUACAACUCCCCCAAAUGCAGGCGGACCCUUACCAAGGCCAGACGCGCUUUUUACUCCACCCAGCGAGAGAAAUCGUUACAAUUUUACUAGUUAUAGCCAUAAUCCGGAAAUAAAUUCCCCCCCAGAAUUAGGAGUGGAACCAAUCAAUACGUCAAAUACGACGACUUUAGGGAGGCCUAGAGUUCGACAACGUGUGGAACCCCAAUUUUCUAACUUCGCAACCAUGCGUCGAGAUCACAUCAUAGCGGAUUCCAUACCGGGGCCGGAAAGUUGUGUUUAAGUGCACCUGUGUUAAAACAAAUUACAUUACUAGAGUCCCAAGUUGAUUUGGUAUCACACCUAUAUUAUUACUAUCAUUGUUCGUUAUCAUACGUCGAUGCUUUUGUGGGGUUGUAAGAUCUUAUUGUAUUUCGCGGAUUUCCCAUUCUUAACUAAUAUCGAAAUUCAAAAUCGUUUUAAUCGUCUUACACCUUACAAACCUUCUAACUACAAAAUUAAAUAAUAUAAACCUAUUUUUUAGAUUUGAAUAAUAUUUUUAGAUGUAGUUCAUUACAGAUAUAAUGUAAAAAGCCUGUGAUACAGGGAAAGCAGAUAUUGUUGUAUACUGUAACUGUAUUUAAUGUUGAAACAAUCAAGGGUGCGUGUCGUGGUAACAUGUCUUCAAAGUAUAAACUAUAGAUAUAAAGAAAAUUUUAAAUCAACGAAGAACAAAUCGAGAUAUUCGAUGACCAUAUAGACAGUUUAAGAGGAAAUAUGUAUAAAUGACGGUAAACUGAGAUAGGCCUAUCUUGUGAAUAAAUAAAAGCGAUUAUUACUUUUAAGUUAUGCAAAAUGAUUUAAAAUUAACCCAUUUGAUCUAUAAGCUCAGAUAUAUACGAAUGUUUCCUGGCUAUUGUCACCAUAUCGAUACACACGAUUUCAAUAGGGAGCAAAAUAGACCCAAUUAUUACUACUUUUUUAUAGUUAAUGUAUUAAUUGAACUGAAACUAAAAUUAACACCAGCACUAUCAUUAGAACUGACACUAGCUCAAGAACUAGAAACAUUCG